AUGGCUUAUAAAAACAAACCAUUAACUAAUUACGCAGCGCUUACUACCGAAUUGAAGCAAACGAACCAGGCCGUUGGGGAGGAAUCUGGCAAGUACCAUCUACGUUCACUUGCUUCUGAUCAACCCAAUCAAGUUUCUACAUUAGUGACGAAAUUUGAUGAUUGGGCAGAGGGAAAUGCUGAAUCCGUGGGUAAUAUAAUGCCGUGGAAGUAUGAUAAUUCGUUUGGAUACGGAAAAAUUCUCGCCACUAAAGACGUUGAUUUGUUGGGUAAUAAAUGGGGGACAUUGUCCUGCACCUCCGGAUGUGACUGCUCGCCUGGGUGCUCAAUAUCUUCGGCUAUGUGGAUGAAUCCUGAAAUGCAAUAUCCCAAUGCAAUGUGGUAUUGGAUGAAAGAAAACCGACCACCUAUCGAAUUGCAGUGCACAGAAGAUACCGAUCCCCUGGAACACUGGAAGCAAGUUUCAAAAGAAGAGGAGAUACAGCUUGCAAUGAGUGUAUUGAGUCCAGAUGCUACCAGUAUGCCAUGGGAGACAUCGAUGAACGUGUUGACUAUAGUGACUACGUACACAUCCAGUGACUGUGGGACCACGGCGGCUGACGACUUAAUUAUCGUAUAUAGACUGUUGAAAGCAAUAUCCGCAUCGGAUAUUAGUAGUGCAGACACAGCAAUACAACCUCUAAUAAAGAACUUCAUCAACUCUGCAAGCGGUCUUCUGAAGACGAAACAUAGAACAGAGUGGGUUACAGCUAGCCAGUUCGUUGGAGCUUCGAGUGUCAUGGCAACCAUUGAUGAGUUUGCUCAGAAAGUGUCUGAAGCACUUUUGCCAACGGAUAUUGUCGUUGUCGAUGCAGAAAAUAUCAUUUUCGUAGUUCAGAUGAUGAACUUAUCUUCCACAAACACCACCGGCGUGGAGUUUACCAAUAAUGAUGAAGAUUGGUCAGUGACAAUUUCUUCCGACGUUUUCCGUGAUUUGCUCGAUAUACAUGGCGAGGGCACAAAAGUGGCUUUCAUUGGGGUGUUGUACAAGAACGUCUCAGAACUACUAACCAACGAUGUCCAUGGUGGUGCUGUUUACAGCGAAGACGACAUCAUUACACUUGGUAAAUCUGUAAUCUCCGCAACGGUGAGGAUUAAUGGUGACCUGAUCAGUGUACCAGUGGAUUACCGGCUUCCAGUAGAUCCGGUGGACGAUGUAGCUGGUCCAUAUGACCUUAAAUCGGCGUGCGUCUUUUUGGAAUACAAACAUGAAACAUUACUACCAGCUGAGAGAAUAAGUAUACACAAGAACCUCAUACUAGCUAUCAUGUUAUCGCACUUGGUUUCCAUGGCAACUGAGUCUGCAUCUCAAGUCGAGGUGGCGUGCAAGAUAUUCGCUGUACUUCUGCACUAUACGUGUACUGCUAUGUUUUUGUGGAUGCUGGCAGAGGGAAUUCACCUGUAUCGCCAAAUAGUCGCUGUGUACGGAAGUGAACGAAGCUGGAUGAAUUACUAUUAUACAAUGGCAUGGGGAACACCUUUUUUGAUUGUAGCAAUAACUGCGGGAAUACGUAUUGAGGACUACGGCGCCGUGAACCAUUGCUGGCUGUCAGUUGAGAGUGGACUUAUUUGGGCGUUUGUUGGACCAGCAAUACUAAUCAUGACCGGGAAUUUAGUGGUUCUCAUAAUGGUCGUACGAGUCGUGGUGUCCGCCUCCCAUGCCAGUGGCCAGAAACAAAACGACCAUGUCAAAGCCGGUGUGAAGAGUUCCCUGCUGUUGUUACCACUACUUGGCAUUACCUGGUGUUUCGGAUUGUUUGCCACCGGUGAAGAAACCAUUGCGUUUCUUUAUAUUUUUUCAAUUCUUAAUUCGUUGCAGGGAUUAUUCAUAUUUCUGUUUCACGUGGUGUAUAAUUCCGAGGUAAGAGCUGCCCUUAGACGCAAAAAGGAGAAGUUCGAGGCAGAACGUGGCCAGUUCGGAACGUCGACAAAUGCCACGGCUGGGUCUUGGUACACUCGUAGCACCAUGGCUUCGAGGUCAACACGUGUUACAAGGAUGUCUUCAGAGCAGACCCUGCAUCUUGAAGACGUUGUCAAUGAUGUGAAGAUGGUCGAAGACGCAAAAUUGAGCGAACCCCCCAAAAAACUGACAACCAAUGAAAACCAAACACCCACUGCUCGGAGUAGUAGAAAUUCAUUGAUCGUGCACCCCAACGAGGAAAUAUAUUGCUGUCUUUCAACAGGAUUUGUGGGCAAGGACAACAACAGUCCACGUGCCGCGGAUUGGAUUGUUAAGAAUCAAGUAACAGAAAACAUAAAGGAUUCCACAGAGUAUCCUGUGGACCGCACCUAUGACCCAGGAGAAGCCAGUCAGAAAAGACUUGAGAGAGCAGCAAUUGAAUGCGCAAAACACAAUAUUGUGUAUAAUGACACUAGCACAACUCGAGUAGUAUCAAACAAAUACAAGGUUAUAAUUAAUGUCAUGGCUAAAGUUGGGUCAGGCACUUGGAGAAGAUUUAUGCGUGAAAUUGACCCGACAUGUGAGGGUGGUGAAAACAAACGUCGACUCAACUCUCUGACGUCUUCCGAGUUUGAUCAGUACGUUAGAGGAGUGUUCUUCCGAGAACCCCUGGAACGACUUGUAUCGUUUUACCACUUUGUGAUUUCUCCCUACUCAAUGUCUUCCACUCAAUACUUCAGUCGCUACUAUGAGUUUAUGAGAAAAGGACACGUGAAUGCCACUAUGAAUAAUAAACCGUACUUGACUUUCAGUCAACUUGCCCAGAUGAUUAUUCGAUCAUGGUCAAAAACCGGCACAAUCUUGGCAUUGGCAACGUCAAUAUAUAAUGUCACGAAUAUGUGA